AAAGUUGUCGUCUUGUUUAGCUUCGUAUGGGCCGAGACUAUGGUUAACGGGCCCGUGGAUAAGUUUAUGACUAAGACGCCGUCGUUGCUUGAAAAGAUUAGAUCCUCGGACAGAUCCUUCUAUUAAGGGAAGGGGAGAAGAAAGGCUAAAAAUCUGGAAGCUCUCUGUCUCUGUCUCUGUCUCUCUCCCGCUUAACGCUUCUCUUUGCUUAUUACAUUCUUCUUCCUCUGGUUCUUUUUUCACGGUCGCUUUUCUUUGGUGCAAAAUCUAUUAAACUUUGAUUUAGAUCCUGGUCCAGUUGAUCAAUCUAUAUUGGUGUUGCAAUAUGAGCAUAGGUCAGCUGCUAUAUGGGAAGACGAGGUUCCCUCCCCGUGAACUGACAUGUUGACAUGUCGGAUCCUGGUCCAGUUGAUCAAUCUAUAUUGGUGUGGCAACAUGAGCAUGAGAUGGAGGUGCAAAGUCUCNUUAAACUUUGAUUUGGACCCUGGUCCAGUUGAUCAAUCUAUAUUGGUGUGGCAACAUGAGCAUAGGUCAGCUGCUAUAUGGGAAGAUGAGGUUCCUCCCCGUGAACUGACAUGUCGGCACAAAUUAUUGGGGAUGCGAGAUUGGCCUCUGGACCCUCUUGUGUGUCAGAAAUUGAUCGAGUUUGGUCUGUAUGGAGUGUACAAGGUUGCGUUUAUACAACUUGAUUAUGCUCUGAUUACAGCUUUGGUGGAGAGGUGGAGACCUGAAACGCAUACUUUUCAUCUUCCUGCUGGAGAGAUCACAGUGACUUUACAAGAUGUUAAUAUAUUGUUGGGUCUCCGUGUGGAUGGACCUGCAGUAACUGGUAGUACAAAAUGCAGCUGGGCUGAUUUAUGUGAGGACCUGCUAGGUCAGAGGCCAGGUCCCAAGGAUCUACAUGGUUCUCACGUGUCCCUAUCAUGGCUGCGUGAUCAUUUUCGGAAUUUACCUGCCGACCCUGAUGAAGCCACGUUGAAGUGUCACACUAGGGCUUUUGUAUUAGCUUUGAUGAGUGGUUUCCUAUACGGAGAUAAAUCUAAACAUGAUGUGGCGCUGACGUUUCUCCCUCUGCUAAGGGACUUUGGUGAAGUGGCUAAACUUAGCUGGGGUAGUGCUACCUUAGCACUUCUCUACAGAGAGCUGUGUCGGGCAAGUAAGAGGACUGUUUCUACCAUUUGUGGCCCUCUUGUUCUGCUGCAGUUAUGGGCAUGGGAACGACUGCAUGUUGGUCGUCCAGGAAGACUUAAAGAUGUUGGUGCUUCUUAUAUGGAUGGCAUAGAUGGUCCUCUACCAGAUCCAUUAGGCUGUAGGUGGAGGGCUUCUCUGAGUCAUAAAGAGAAUCCUCGCGGAGGACUGGACUUUUACAGGGACCAGUUUGACCAGCAGAAAGAUGAGCAGGUUAUAUGGCAGCCUUACACUCCAGAUCUUCUAGCAAAGAUUCCUCUUAUAUGUCUUAGUGGUCAGAACAUAUGGCGAACUGUUGCACCACUGAUUUGUUUUGAUGUUGUCGAAUGGCAUCGUCCUGAUCGGGUACUUAGACAGUUUGGUCUUCACCAAACAAUACCAGCACCUUGUGAUAAUGAAAAAGCUCUUCAUGCUAUUGACAAAAGAGGUAAAUCAGAAUAUGACUGGUCAGCACGUCAUAGUCGACAUAUUGAACUGUGGGAGGCACGUGAGUCGUCUGUUGUUUCCGGUGAGCCAGAGUGUAGCCCAAUGGACUAUAAUGAUCCUUAUAUGGAGUGGUACCGCAGAAUUACUAGAAGAAUUAUUAGUCCUAUGAACGAGAGGCGCCCUGGGCAGUUUCUACCCACUGGUUUUGCUUUCCAAGUGCUUGUUCAGAGGGUUGCAGCCAUUCAUUCCCGAUCUAAGGCUUCACUUGAGGAGGAACUUACUGUUGACACUGCAAGGCAGACAUUACAAGAUAUCGUUGAUAUGUGUGCAGGCGCCCUUCAACUCAAUGCGCCUUUAGGCUCAUUAUCUAAUGGCACUGUUGCUCAAGCUCCAACUUCAGAACCAUUUUUUAUGUUACCUCAACCUAUGCCUACAAUAAUAUCCCGAAAGACGAUGUCUAGAGAAAUGGUAUGCGUACCUUUGAAUGAAAUGGAGAUCGAUGAUGGUCUCUCAGUGGAACAUUUGGAAAUGAUGCCACCUAUUCAGGAUAUAGGAUGUGAGCAGUCUUUACCAUCAGUUUCCCAGAAACCUCUUUUCUGGCCGUCAGGAGGGAAGCUUACUUUCAGUUGGAUUUGUGAUGUAAUGUUGGGGUUUGAUUGGUCGUCGAGGAAUCUCCCACCUUGUGAAUUUUCAAGUGUUCUGCCUUUUCAUGUCUUGGAUGAGCUGGUUCUCUCUGCUUCCAAAAUCCUGAAAAAAGAGCCAAACUGCGUUAGGAUUGAGAGUGACAAAGCAAAGGUCGUUGUGGUUGGAGAUCUACAUGGGCAGCUACAUGAUUUGUUGUUCCUCAUGCAGGAUGCAGGAUUUCCUAAUGGUGAUGCAGGACUCCCGAAUGGUGAUCAGUUCUAUGUGUUCAAUGGGAAUUAUGUAAACAAAGGAGCUUGGGGUUUAGAAACCUUCUUGCUUCUUUUAUCAUGGAAGGUGUUACUACCGGAAAGAGUAUAUCUUCUACGUGGCGGUCACGAGAGCGGAAGUUGUUCACAACUGUAUGGAUUUAAAAAUGAAGUACUUACCAAGUAUGGUGAUAAAGGAGCUUCUGUCUACAAGAAGUGCUUGGAAUGCUUUCAGUUACUUCCUUUGGCUUCUGUGAUUGCUGGGAAGGUAUUCACAGCUCAUGGAGGUCUUUUUCGUGAUGUAUCAAGAUUUCUCUCGGACAAGCAAGAACGAAGCAGAAAACGCAAGCGAGCUCAGAAAAAACAAACAGAUAAUAGUGUCCUUGAGACUGAAAACAGAUCAGAGUCCUUGUCUCUUGGCUCGUUGAAGGAUUUAUUGAAAGUGAAAAGGCGUGUUAUAGAUCCUCCUACUGGAGGUUCAAAUUUGAUUCCUGGUGACAUUCUUUGGUCAGAUCCAUCACAAGACAACGGCCUCUUUCCUAACAAAGAGAGAGGGAUCGGUUUGUUAUGGGGUCCUGAUUGCACCGCAAAGUUCCUACAAGACAAUGAUCUAAAGUUGAUCAUCAGAGGGAAGGGAUCCCCUGACGAAAGGGCUAAACGAGAUGAUCUUGCACCAAUGGACGGAGGAUAUGCAAAAGACCAUGAAGGGCUUAUAACUUUGUUCAGUGCUCCUGAUCAUCCUCAGUUUCAGAACACAGAGGAGAGACACAACAACAAAGCAGCUUACAUAAUUUUACAAAUCCCCGAAUGUGAGGAGCUUAAAUUUCAACCGCUUGAAGCAGUAUCUCCGAGACCAAAGGCUGAGGCGUACUACGAUUAUAGAAGCCUGAUUCAUUCACCCAGCAAUUUAGUACACAAUAUUACUAAUUCUGUUGACUCACCUUCCACCGCGCCUCAUGACAAAGAUAGUUUAAUAUCUUCUGAAAAUAUGGAAUAUAAGUCCAUGGAUCUCUCUGAACAGAUGGAAGUGGAUGAAAGAGAUGAUGUCGAUUCCAAGUGCUCAGAAUCUAGAACUGAUGAAGUUACAGCUUUUGGAUCUCUAGCCUCUAGUGAUAAAGAUAUGGUUGAUUCUUCAGAGAAUACUGAAAAUGGUUCCAAAGAAGCUGACCAUUCCGAAUCUUGUACUCUUAAAGUUACUGAUCUGGAACCGCAGUCAGCUUGUGAUCUGUAUGUGCCUGAUUCUGGAGAAUUCCUAGAAACUCGGACAGAAAAGGUUGCGGAUAUUGAACCAAUGUCAGUUGAUGAAAUUGCUGGUGAGUCUGAAUCCAGAGUUGGAGAAGUAAAUGACGUAGAAGCCUGUAACAUUACUAAGAUUUCAGAAGAGAAAGCAGAAGAAGGAAGGAGAAGCGAGUCACUUGAGGCGCCAAAUAAUGUAAUAAGUAAAGAAAAGCCUCGUGAUGCCAAACCAAGAGUAGAUGACCGUAGCACCACUGGUGAUGCUGGAGUAGAAUUGGAAAUUACAUAUGAUGAGAAACUGGAUAGUACAGCAACUGAGAUCAUAGGGAACGGUACAGCUGAGGGAAACAGAGAGAUAGCCACUGAUGGUACUGAGAAGUCGGAACGUUCAACCAGCAAACUCAAUAAUGCAGUGCCCGGUGAAGAAGAUAUGGAUGAUUCUGAUCUGGGGACUGUAAAUGGUGGCUUAUCGAAAUGUCUAACAAGCAAGCCAGUGGUGGGUCAUGACAAGUUUACAAAUGUUACGAAAUCUUCUCAUAAUAAGGAUUAUGGAGAGUCUGCAGAUAAGCCAGAGAGAGUAGUCAAACUGGUUACCUAUUCUAAGCGUAAGUUAGCUGACAAAAAACACAUGGUUGAUUCUAAUGAAGACUCCCAACAGAAGGUUAAUAAUAAUGCUGUUGAUACUAAAACUAAGGGUUCUCUUGACAAGUCGUACUCGGCUCCAAAAGAUAUGGAAUCAUGAAAUGCGGUUCUACUGGUCUCCUUUCCAACUGAGAACUAGAAAACGGUAAAUUGUUUGCGAUGGGUAUUAUCAACUUUACAAAUUGUUGGUGCGGGAUUCAGCACCCCCGACAUACCGAGCUAAACCAGAAAUACUAAUUGAUUAGUUAACCGGGAAACCGGUUAAGGGCUCGAUUAGGUCAACAAGAAGUCAGUUCGGCCAAAGUGAAGCCUUGAAGAAGAAGGAGCCGACUUCCACUUCGGAACGGCGGCCGACUGAAGCAAUGAGGCAGUUUUCCAUAUUUCACUUCGUCCGAUAAGGAAAGUUAAUAUAUUGUAAUCUUAGAACAUGUAUAGACUUCUCCAUUGUAAGGCAUCCAGAAUCGAAUACAAUAAUCGAGUUCUCCUCUUGUUCUUAGCAAUAAACCCUAAUUCUUUUGAGUUCUACUU